CGGGCAGAAGCUGCGGGCGCCGAGCGGCCGAGCGGCAGCGGCUGCCCGCCGCGAGCAUGAGGAGCCGGUGUCUGUGUCAGAUCUGCACCUGCGGGCGCCAUCACUGUCCACAUGGAGCCACAAGGAUUUAUGAAGCCUCUGGCAUACCUUGCCCCACAACUGAAUAUGUGGAAAAAUAUCCUACGUACGGCAACGUUCCUCCACCUCCGAGUCUUAAGCCCAAGCAAGAAUUUCGAGCAGGCCGUGGUAAAAUGGAAGGAAUAACGACAUUUAAAUCAGAUUAUCGUCCUUACGAAAUAGUCAAACAGCCUCGCCACGUACCAGAAGAAUAUAAACCAAAACAGGGGGAGAUUGAUCUUGGCACUACCUACAAACGGGAUUUCAAUUCUUACAAAGCGCAGCCUGUGGCCAUCGUCCGGCCUCUGGAGAGGCAGCAAGUUAAACAAGGAAAGUUGGACACGGUCCCAACCUAUAAAGAUGAUUAUAGAACUUGGGACAUUCAGAAAAUGGACCUUUGUAAACCAGAACAAACUUAUCAUCCCCCUACUGUGAAAUUUGGAAAUUCAACUACAUUUCAGGAUGAUUACGUUCCUCAGGAGAUACAGCCGAGGCAAAGCUUUAAACCCAGCCCUGUGGUCAAACGUUCUACCAUCCCUUUUAAUGGUGAUACAAGUCAUCGCCUUGACUAUGUACCUUAUCAGCUGGAAUUCAAGUUUGCAAGACCACGAGAGGUGUACAAGCCAACCACCCAACGCUUUGAGGAUCUCACAACUCACCGGUAUGACUUUCAGGGCCUUGCUGGCGAAUCCGCGAAACUUUGCAGACCUGCGUACACCAGAGUGACCCAAAAUGCUCCUUUUGAAGGAAGCACCGAAUUCCGCGAAAGCUUCCAACCAUGGGAAAUCCCACCACCUGCACUCAAGAAAACACCAGAGUACGUCCCUCCCACGGGUCCCAUGCAGUUAAACAGCACAAGCCAUCUUGACUACAUUCCCUAUCAGACCAAAUGUGGUGUUCCCAUCAGGCCGGUUUCUCAGAGAAGAAAUAAUAAUUUUCCUUUUCAAGGAAAAAGCACCACGAAGGAAGAUUUUCCAGCCUGGGAAAGCUGUCGCCAAGGACUUAUUAAGAGGCAGCAGCAGAUCCCCAACCCAUCUGGAAAAUUUGAUGGUUGGACCACUUUCAGGUCUCACUAUGUGCCACAUGAGCUCAAUCCAACAGAGAGCUGCAAACCUGCGUGCGCUACAAGGAAGAGCUCUGCUCCGUUUGACGACACUACCAUGUACUCUCUGGAGUACACCCCGAAGAAACAGGAAAUCUGCCCCGCUAGCUUCCCCUCUCCUCCAGGUUAUAUCUUUGAAAGUACAAAUUCUCGAGGUCAUCGAUUCUUCCGCAAGAUCACACCCACGGUGGAGGCCUUCUGAUCACCAAACCAUGUUUAAAAGGAAGCUAAUGGGAUAAUUGGUUCUCGAAGGGCAAAGCCAAUUUUUUAUAGUGAAAAUCAUUUACGGGAGGGGUAAAACAAAUCAUUUUACAUUUUUAAACAGGAAAAUUGGAAAAUUAAUGGUAGGAAAGAAGGCCCUUCAAAUCCAUUUUGUAUUGAUCUCUUACCAAGAUUGUUCUUUGUGCUACUCUGAAAAUUGAAUAAUGGACAUUCGUAUCUGAACUCUCUUGAUUCCCAACCUACCGUUUGGUCGCUUGUCUCUAUUAUCCUUUAUACUUAGGCUUUUAAUUACAGCAAUUUCAUGGUUACUCACAACCUGGUUAUCACGUGGCAAGCACACUGGAACUGUCCAGCACACCUCUGACCACGACGGGUGGAUUCCUCGUCCGGGACAACGGUCUUCAUCUCAGACCUCAGUCAGUGCGUGCACACCCUGCCUGCGCUGCGGUUGGUGGGGUCGAGGGCGACUGCCCCGCUCCUCACACACUCAGGUUCGUAAGAGGGGCCGCAGUGCGCGGGGAAUAAAGGCUCUGAGUUCGGGUUCCACUGACAUCAGCUGCUGUUUGUGCCAACGCAGGCCGAUGAUGGGUAUCUCUGAGCCCCAGCGUCCCCACGUGUAAAAAGACAUUUGCUCUGCUCAGCUCACCAACGUUCUGUUUUGAGCAUCAGAGCAGAUGAUUCAUCGUAACCCGAAAGUAAAAGUGCCAAGCAAGUGUCCGAGAUGGUCAGUAAGUCCCUUAACCUCUUUUUUGAACCUGUUUUCUCCUUUUCCAAACGAGGGUCAUUACCUACUCAACACUCACUUUCUGGCCUGAGGCAAGGAUUGUAAAAUGACCGAAUUUGCUUUGAGCUCAUGAGUAGUAAGAUUUCUGAGUCUUGUCCUCAGGCGCCUGAGAACUUGUUAUGGAGCACGGAGAGCUUGGUCUGGGGGAAUCCCGCGGUUUGAAAGACAGUGUUUAUGGGAAGGAAAACACUAUGUUUUCGAAUAGUUUUAGGAAUGGCCAAGAGCUCUGAAGAAUUUCAGGGUGACCCCAGGUAAUGACGUACCUAAUUGCCAUGCCUGGAGUCGUGGUUCAGGUCUGGGGGGCUCGGUCUGGGGCAUAAUUAUGUCCUUCUUCUCCAGUGCGAGCUAAGCGCUAAGAAGGGAGGGAAAGAAUGAUGUCAGUGAGUAAAGCAGAAAGCAAAUAUUGCACUUAUAAAUGCUACAAAUUUCCUAAUGAAUUAAACUGUUGUUUUUAUUUUUUCUUUGGCAAACGAUUGCAUUAGCGGAGAGUAUGAUUUAUUUUAUCACAAAUAAAUCUAUAUAAAGCCUUUUAUAGCCUUAGAAUUCUUUCACAUUAUGUGCUUAAUUGAGAAUAAGUUCACCAAUAUUGGGUCAAAAUGUUUAUUGGAGAGUAGCUUGUAUGUCCGUUUGUAUUUAUCAGUGAACACUAUGACAUGUAGAAUUCUAUAUGCAACAUUAAUA